CUCCACAUAAAUAAAUAGCUCAGAUCCAUCGAUAAUUAUGGUUAUCAAGCAACCUCUCUCAUCUACUUCAAUUCUCAUCUACCUUCACUCACUCGCUGCAGUACAGUUGGAAUGGCAGCUUCUACCGCCAUGGCUCUGUCUUCUCCUUCCUACGCCGCCGCCGCCGGAAAGGCGGGCAGGUCCCGGGUGGCCCCCAAGAUCACCAUGAGGAGAACCACUUCGUCAAGGACUGGCUUCCGAUCAUCAGUUCCGUCCGGCAGCCCGUGGUACGGCCCCGACCGCGUCAAGUACUUGGGCCCGUUCUCCGGGGAGGCGCCGAGCUACCUGAACGGCGAGUUCCCGGGCGACUACGGAUGGGACACCGCGGGUCUGUCCGCGGACCCGGAGACGUUCGCGAGGAACCGGGAGCUGGAGGUGAUCCACAGCAGGUGGGCGAUGCUGGGCGCGCUGGGCUGCAUCUUCCCGGAGCUGCUGGCCCGGAACGGGGUGAAGUUCGGGGAGGCGGUGUGGUUCAAGGCCGGAGCCCAGAUCUUCAGCGAAGGAGGCCUGGAUUACUUGGGGAACCCGAGCCUGAUCCACGCGCAGAGCAUCUUGGCCAUCUGGGCUUGCCAGGUCAUCCUGAUGGGAGCCGUGGAGGGCUAUCGCGUCGCCGGAGGCCCGCUCGGAGAGGUCACCGACCCGCUCUACCCGGGUGGAAGCUUCGACCCGCUCGGUUUGGCUGACGACCCGGAGGCCUUCGCGGAGCUCAAGGUGAAGGAGAUCAAGAACGGGAGGCUGGCGAUGUUCUCCAUGUUCGGCUUCUUCGUCCAGGCCAUUGUGACCGGAAAGGGGCCGCUGGAGAACCUCGCCGACCACCUUGCCGACCCUGUUAACAACAACGCCUGGGCAUUUGCCACUAACUUUGCUCCCGGAAAGUGAAUUGGUUGAGAAGAUCUGUGAUGUGUUUAAUUUGCUGUUAUUAUGACAUGAGACUUUAAUUAAUUUGCUUUGGUUGUAAUGUCAUAUUUUGUGAAUUUAAUUUCUGCAUCUGUCGUCUAUCUGUCUGCAUAUACAUAUCUAAGAAUCACAAACAGCUUGUUGCAUGCGCAUGUAUUUAUUUAUCUUCUCAUCUGUCUUUAUUGCCUGCCUUCUAACGUACAACCGGCCCAGCGCAGCCCCUCUAUGAUCAAUACCAUUGCAGCUCCUCUCUCCGGGUAAGAAAAAGGAUAUAGACGAUGACUGCGGUGCUAAUUAACUUUCUUGUCUCUCCAUUUAUUUAUGAGGCAAUUGGUGGAGGGUCCGAUCAUAGAUUCAUUGACAUGGACGGAGUGGAGCCAAAAAGUGGGAUGGGGGCAAGACCUAUUUAACAAGCCCGCCUGGUUCGAUACUUGGCUCAUGGUGGCACAUUUAUUUGUUUUUAGGUCUUGUUUAUUCUAGCAAACGUCCACACAUGUCUAUUUUACUACUAUUGUAUAUGCCCCAUUUAAGUCUGAAAUGUGGCCUUGUGGGAUGAAUAUACUUUAAAUUUAUGUGUGGGAUUCAAUAGUAAGUGAUACAUAAGGUGUAUCUCCUUGUUUACAUUCACUUUUAUGUGUCACACUAUUUAUAGAAAGUGACUCAUAAAAUUUAUAACCUUUAUACAUCUCACAAAUUUAUAAAAUGCAGAGCCCGUUUGGAGAACUCUGUUUUCGGCUUAUCAGGC